GGCUGCUCGAGAUAAACUCAAGACGCGACAAGCUCUGACGUCAUACCCUAGGAAAGACAGGGACCAGAAGGCGUAUGAACAUGGACCUCUAUAUCACGGGUCACCGGUGGCUUAUCGCCCUUGUUUUGAUGACCAUAUGUACAACCGAGGUUAUUUCUCAGGGUAGCCACUAUAAACGUGUGUGUUAUUUCACCAACUGGUCAAAGUACCGACUUGGACAGGCAAAGUUUACAGCAGACCACAUAGACCCGUUCCUCUGCACCCACCUGAUCUUUGCAUUCGGGGACUUUGAUGACAACGGAAACCUUCGUAAACUGGACAGUUAUCAUGACUCAAAAGAUUUUGAAACGUUUAAAUCACUGAAACAACAAAACACUGAGUUGCGGACACUGCUAGCUAUUGGAGGAUGGAACUUUGGAAGCAUCAAGUUCUCCAAGAUGGCCGGCAGUCCCAUGAUGCGGAAGACAUUUGUGUCCAGCACAGUCAGCUAUCUGAGGUCAAACGGCUUUGACGGCCUUGACAUUGAUUGGGAAUAUCCGGCAGAGAGAGGCGGAGAACCAGCAGAUAGACGUAAUCUGGUGACCUUGUGCAAGGAGUUGAAAGAUGCCUUCAUCACGGAGAGUCAGCAGGCGGGGAGGGAGCCCCUCCUCCUCACGGCAGCAGUCCCCGCCAGCAGAUACAAGGGGGAGGUCGGCUACGACGUUCCUGCUCUUAACAACUACCUCGACUUCUUCAGCAUCAUGACCUACGACUUCCACGGCGGCUGGGAGAACAAGGUGGGACAGAACAGUCCCCUCAGCGCGUCCCCCAUAGAGGAUGGAGAUGACAAGUACCUCAACAUACGUGAAGCGAUCCAGUGGUGGCACAGGGCUGGUGUUCCCAAACACAAGCUAGUUGUCGGGCUGGCAUCAUACGGCCGUAGCUUCCAGCUGACCUCUAGUUCCUACGGCCUGGGUGCUCCUGCUGCCAAAGGCAUUCCUGGACCAUACACACGGGAGGGGGGCUUCUGGGCAUACUAUGAGAUCUGUAUGGAGAUCGACAAUGACUACAACGGUGCUCACCGCGGCACCGUCUACUACGACACAGACCAGGAGGUCCCCUUCUACGUCAAGGACAACUUCUGGGUUGGCUACGACAACGAGCGCAGCAUAAAGGCAAAGACCAAAUGGAUGAAGGAGAGCAAUCUCGGCGGCUUCAUGGUGUGGUCCUUAGCCCUGGAUGACUUCAACAAGAUGUGCAACUACACCACCCGCAGCUACCCGCUCAUCCACGCAGCCAUAGAAGAGUUGGGCAACGUGGUCAUGCCAGCCCCCACCCCACGACCGACUUUCAGACCCACAGCCCCUCCCCGGCCCAGAACCACACGUCCACGGCCAAUCGGGGGUGCGUUCAGACCCAAACCCACCGUCGUCGUGAACCACCAGACACCAGGUGUCCAGCCUUUCGUACCUCGUGGGAAAUUCAUCGAAUGUCCAAGCAGAGGGCACCAUUACUUCCCUGAUCACAAUGACUGCCAGAAAUACAUAGAGUGCCACGAAGGACAACGCCACUCUCGAGGCUGCCCCAGUGGGCUUCACUGGGAUGUCAAGGUCGACGCUUGUAACUGGGAACACCUCGCUGGCUGUACGACAGGAUAGACAUGGGAUGGUGACGGCGGAUGGAGCCGAGGGUGGCGGAUGGGGUCAGGGUGGGAGAAUGGUACGGGUUCCAGGGAGGGAGGGAAAGUUUAGAAGAGGGUAGCGUACCACGAGAAGGUAUAUGUACACUAUGUUUUGAACAGUCAUAUUGAAGAACAUAUGGGUUUUGUACUUGAAGGAUGACAUCUGUUAAAGACACGGCUACUGCCACAGAGGUGAUGAGGGAUGGGGAUUUGUUUAAUUUAAAUUAAAGUUUUAAAGUUUGGCAAUGCUGAUUGCAAAUACACAUAAAUAAUAAUGCACAUACAAUAUUCGAAUGCAUAAUCAUCUGUAAGAUUCCUUGUCAUAAUAGUCAUGGUUUUGUACUGUACAUACAUUCCAACCCCUUUCAUUUAAAACUAAAUUAAAAUUUAAGAUCUAACUUACAAUUGCAUCUUUACAACAGUGCGUGUUUCGUUUACGUAACCUACGGUGCUCUUGAAGAUGUUACUACCCAUAUGAAUGUGUUGAUAACGUCGUUGAGUUAAGAGUCUUCUCUGGUUUUAUUGAAGUGGAAAAUCUUCUUCGAAUUUGUUGAUUUACUUGUGUCUCUACGUUUCAUUAUGAAGUGUUAUAAUAUACUGAGAGAAAAAAAAGGAACACAAGAAAAUUCAAGUGUUCCUUUAAUAUUUUCAAGAUUUCAUCACCAACUUUGAAUAGCGCUGUGGGAGGAAAUCUGAGAAUAAGUAAAGGAACACUGUCAUGAAGUAGUGUUCCCUUAUUUGUUUCACUCAGUAUAUAACUGAAUAAUCGAGUUUCAGUUUUCCCAAUACUUGGAUGAGGUUUAGUCAUUUGUAGUACGUCUAUGGUGUCUUGGGUGAUUUUUCAUGUCAUCAUUGCCUUGAAACCUUUCUGUCAUGUUAGUGUUGUAUUUAAAAACAACCCACAGUGACAAUAUUCACCAAAGUGCCAUAUGAAAGUAUUCGUGUGUCCCAAUAAGUGUCACAUAUAUAUUACAAACUGGUUCAAUAUUCAACAUAUGGUAUAUUUGGGAUUACACUUUAUCAGAAACCGUGGCUUCCACGAAACAUGGUAAAUUGCUGACUUUGUGUGCUGGCGAUUAGGUGUCUGACUCUGAGAGUGUGGGUUCGAAUCCCGGAUGGGACUCAACCUAACAAAAGCACUAGAAUCGGUGUUUGGAAUCAGAAAUAUAACUUAUGUUAUAUUUGACCAAUUUCUAAAUGACAUUGCCAGUAUCCUCAGAGACCAAUCUGUUUCAAUAAUGACAGCACAGCUGUUGAAAAAAAUCUCAAUAUUGACAGUAACAUUUUCAAAUACCCAACUGGCUCAAUGUUGAAUGUAUUACAACGUAAAUAUCUUGCCUCCACGUGUUAUACAGUUUUGUUACAUAUUUUCAUAUACAAUGUGUUGUUUUGUUUCUCAAAUAAAAGUGUUGUCUUUCAAA